AUUGCCAUAAUGAUUACAGAUAAUGGCGUGCAUGAAAGUGGUAGGUAGUCCAACAAGCUAACUUUACCCUCCAGCAGGACGUCACCAGUUAAAACCGUAACCGACAAUGAAACGCCUCGUGAUUCGCUGAACAGGUCGAAUUGCCGCCUUCCGACCGCUAUGCCUUCUUUGAUUAGCUAGAUUUUCUUCCAAUAAACGGCAUCAGAGCAGGUGUAACUAUGGUGACGGCGAAAACCGCCCAAACAGUCACGUGACUGUCAGCUGACCACGUGUAGCAGAAAGGAGUAGUAAACGUUCCUCUGUACAACGGUUAAAGUUAGAAGUAAGGUUACGUUUGUCCAGUUUUAUUCGUGACAUUUCUUUCCAUUGACACUUUUUCUUUAGUAUGUGAAUAGGCGACAGGUCGUUGCCUAUUUAUGCACCUCUCCCUCAAAAGAAUUCAACUGAAAGGGCCAAAAAGUGUUGGAUAGACCUAAUAGUCCAAACAGGUACAAAGAAGAAGUGCCUUUCAGAUCAGAUGUCCUCCUCCUCCACUACCCCUUCUGUCCUCCUAAAUACGGGGGUUCAGAUGCCCCUCCUGGGUUUGGGGACCUACAAGUUGUCGAGUCCUGAAGAUGUCUACCGGGCUGUGGAUGCAGCGCUGGUUGCUGGUUAUCGGGCCUUUGACAGUGCAGCCGUCUACCGGAAUGAAUCUGACUUGGGCCGAGCCCUGAAGGAGCUCCUGCCCAAACAUGGCUUAACCAGAGAGGAUGUAUUCAUUACCAGUAAGCUGGGCCCCAAGGAUCAGGGUGAGAGGGCCAUGGAAGGAGCCCUCCACAGCCUGUCUCAGCUGGACUUGGGUUACAUUGACCUCUACCUGAUCCACUGGCCUGGCACACAGGGCCUGGUAGUGGCUGACCAGCGCAACUCGGGCAACCGAGCUCAGAGUUGGGCCACACUGGAGGAGCUGCAUGCCCAGGGGAAGCUGAAGGCUAUAGGAGUGUCCAACUACACACCAGCACACAUGAGAGAACUGAUGCAGAGCUGCAAAGUCCCUCCUGCAGUGCUACAGGUAGAGUUUCACCCACGGCUGUGCCAGACAGAGCUGAGGAGUGUGUGCGAGGAGUAUGGAGUGUGUUUUCAAGCCUACUCCUCAUUAGGGAAAGGAGCGCUGGUCACUGACCCUGUGGUCGUGGAGGUGGCAAAGAACUGUGAACACACACCUGCACAGGUCCUGUUGCGCUGGGCUGUGCAGCAGGGCGUCCCAGUGCUCCCCAAGUCGUCAAAUCCAGACAGAAUAAAGGACAAUGCCAGGCUUUUUGACUUCACACUGAGUGACACAGACAUGGACAGACUGUCAGCUUUGGACUGUGGGCACAAGUACUGCUGGGAUCCAUCGGAAGUGGUUUGAUAGACCACUAGUGGAGCAAACGUUGUCUUCCAUGAUGCCUCUUUAAUGCUGCUGUUACUGUAUCAGUUCUGGCUGGCAGUAAUGUAGUGGUGGGAAACCAAAAAGUGGGAAAUUGGAGUUUAGACACAGACAGUUCAGUUAAUUAUUUUUUUCUGGGUUGCCAACAGAUUUCACAUAACAAAUGCACUGGCAUAAUGUAUUGGGGAUUUACAUAAAUGUAUGUAGAGAUAUUUUGGAUAUCACUGGCCAAUAAGUUUCCCUGUUUAUUGUGACCCAUAUGUCACGAAACACUAAGAGCCUUUUCAGGGUAGGCAGUACCUAUCCAAACAUUUUUUUUCUGUUGUUUACAAAUCUGUCAAUGUUCUAUUAUUAUAAGACUAGUUCUAUAUUC